AGGAUUCUUCUCCUUCAUCUUCAUUUUCCCAAACCCCAAAAACCCUAUAAAUUUUCAUUUCCCUCAGUAGCCAUUUGUUCCCUCGCCUCCACCAAAACCCUAGCCACUGUUAAAACCCUACCCCUUUGUAAGCAGGCUAGCUGGCUGCUACAGCCAUGACUGAGCUCGAAGCUUCUCGCACCGACAAGAAGAAGAAGAAGCACCGUAACAAAGACGAAGCCGCCGACGUCCAAGAUUCCGACUUCCUGAUCAAACCCCAGAGCUACACUCCCACCAUUGACACCUCUCAAUGGCCGAUUCUCCUCAAGAACUACGACCGUCUCAAUGUGCGAACUGGACACUACACUCCUAUUCCCUCCGGUUGCUCCCCUCUCAAGCGACCUCUCCCCGAGUACAUCAAGUACGGUGUCAUGAAUCUCGAUAAACCCGCGAACCCCUCUUCCCACGAGGUCGUCGCUUGGAUUAAACGGAUUCUCCGGGUCGAGAAAACGGGUCACAGUGGUACUCUUGAUCCCAAGGUCACUGGCAACCUCAUAGUUUGCAUUGAUAGAGCCACGCGAUUGGUGAAGUCGCAGCAGGGUGCUGGAAAAGAGUACGUAUGUGUCGCUCGAUUGCACUCUGCAGUUCCUGAUGUCGCGAAAGUGGCGCGCGCACUUGAGACGCUUACCGGAGCUGUGUUUCAGCGGCCGCCGUUGAUUUCUGCGGUUAAGAGGCAGCUCAGGAUUAGGACAAUAUAUGAAAGUAAGCUUCUUGAGUAUGACCCUGACAAACAUUUGGUUGUAUUUUGGAUUUCCUGUGAGGCAGGUACGUAUGUGAGGACUCUCUGUGUCCAUUUGGGUUUGAUUCUUGGUGUGGGAGGCCACAUGCAGGAGCUUAGAAGGGUGCGUUCAGGUAUUUUAGGUGAGAAAGAUAAUAUGGUUUCAAUGCAUGAUGUGUUGGAUGCUCAAUGGGUUUAUGAUAACUACAGAGAUGAGAGUUAUUUGAGAAGGGUUAUUAUGCCUUUGGAAGUAUUAUUAACGAGUUAUAAGAGAUUAGUUGUUAAGGAUUCUGCUGUUAAUGCUAUUUGUUAUGGAGCGAAGCUAAUGAUUCCUGGGUUACUGAGGUUUGAGAAUGAUAUUGAGGUCGGAGAGGAAGUGGUUCUAAUGACUACCAAGGGUGAAGCGGUUGCAUUGGGAAUUGCAGAGAUGACUACUGCUGUCAUGGCUACUUGUGAUCAUGGUGUGGUAGCAAAGAUCAAAAGAGUGGUUAUGGACAGAGAUACCUAUCCAAGGAAAUGGGGUUUAGGACCAAGAGCAUCCAUGAAGAAGAAGUUGAUCGCGGAAGGGAAGCUAGAUAAGCGUGGGAAGCCAAAUGAGAAUACUCCUCAAGAAUGGCUGAGGAAUGUAGUUUUACCAACUGGUGGAGAUUCUAUGAUUGCCAGUAUGCACGCUGAACCAGGUGCCAGCAAAAAGGAGACUGCUUUAGUGGGAAAGGAAAAUGUUGCAAGUAAGGAGGAUGGGCAAGAGCGUAAAAGAAAACUAGUUGAUAGCACUGACUCUGCUGCGGUACCCACUAAGAAGUCCAAAACUGAAGAAGUUGAAGAAUCUGAAAAGGAAGAAGUAGUGAAGAUCAAGAAGGUAAAAGAGGAUGUAGUGGAGGUUGAAGUUGAUAGGAAAGAGAAAAAGAAAAAGAAGAAGAAGGAUAAGGAUGCUGAGGAAGCAGAGGCCGUUUCACCAGAUGUGAAGUCUGAGAAGAAGAAAAAGAAACACAAAGAAAAGACAGAAGCUGCUUCACCGGACGUGGAGAAGUCUGAGAAGAAGAAAAAGAAGAAGGAGAAAGAAGCUGAAAAUAACGCUGCUGAGAUCAAUGGUAAGGUUGAUGACGAUGAAGAUAAAAGUGAGAAAAAGAAGAAGAAGAAGCAUAAGAAGAGAAGUGAAGAUGCAGAGGAAUAAUAAUAGGUAAAAGUGAUAGUUAGUUGUUAAAACUGAUGAAAUGUUGCCUGUAUUGGUCAUAAGUUCAAAUCAACUGCAGUAUGUUAAUUUUUCCUUCCAUUUGUUGUUUUCUUUUUAUUGUUUCUGAUAAUUUUGCUUUGAAAAAUUGGUGGUGUGCUUCAUGUGUAACCUUGGGUUGCCAGUGGUUUUUGAAGACCCCACCCACAGACCUCGUUUUAUUGGCUUGUAAAAUUUUGUUGCACCCCCUUGCAUCGAGGAAACUCAAUAUUUGCCCCAUUAUUGUGUUUCUGUUCCUUAUAUUUGCCAGGGCAGCUGCUUGACUUCUAAGAACGCAUGCCAGAUUUCACUGUUU